AUGGCCCCCGCGGCGAAGAUGGACCUGGGCAGCGCUGCCAGGAGAGCGGGGGCUGCCCCCGCGCCCCUGGGCGUCUGGAGACCGUUCCCCUCAUCCUGCUGCUGCUGCUUCUCCUCGCUCCUGGAUGUGAACAGCUGGCUGCUCUUCUACAGCUUCUUGUACCUGGCCCUCUAUGCCCAGGUGUCCCAGUCCAAGUCCUGCGACAAAAUCUCCUGCUUCUCGGGUCAUUGUGUCAACUCCACCUGUGUCUGCGACCAGGGCUGGGUGGGAGACCAGUGCCAACAUUGCCAGGGCAGGUUUAAGUUAACAGAACCUUCUGGAUAUUUAACAGAUGGACCAAUAAAUUAUAAAUAUAAAACUAAAUGUACAUGGUUAAUUGAAGGAUACCCAAAUGCAAUACUAAGAUUAAGAUUUAAUCACUUUGCCACAGAAUGUAGUUGGGACCAUAUGUAUGUAUAUGAUGGAGAUUCAAUAUAUGCACCUUUAAUAGCUGUAUUUAGUGGUCUAAUAGUCCCUGAAGUGCGUGGAAAUGAAACUGUUCCUGAAGUAGUUACUACAUCUGGCUAUGCAUUGCUACACUUUUUUAGUGAUGCUGCUUACAACCUAACUGGAUUUAACAUUUUUUACUCAAUUAAUUCUUGUCCUAAUAACUGCUCAGAACAUGGAAAGUGUACGACCAGUGUGUCCGUACCAAGCCGGGUAUACUGUGAGUGUGACAAGUAUUGGAAAGGAGAAGCCUGUGAUAUUCCAUACUGUAAAGCCAACUGUGGCAGUCCAGAUCAUGGGUACUGUGAUUUGACAGGCGAGAAGCUGUGUGUUUGCAAUGAUAGCUGGCAAGGUCCAGAUUGUUCUUUGAACGUUCCUUCCACGGAGUCGUACUGGAUUCUACCGAACGUAAAGCCAUUCAGCCCUUCUGUGGGCCGGGCUUCCCAUAAGGCGGUGCUACACGGGAAAUUUAUGUGGGUGAUUGGUGGAUACACUUUUAACUACAGUUCAUUCCAAAUGGUGUUGAACUACAAUUUGGAAAGCAGUAUAUGGAACGUAGUACCUGUAUCCAAAGGGCCACUCCAGAGAUAUGGACACACUCUUGCUUUAUAUCAGGAAGACAUCUACAUGUAUGGAGGCAAAAUCGAAACAAAUAAUGGCAAUGUUACUGAUGAGCUGUGGAUUUUCAACAUACACAGUCAAACGUGGAGUACCAGAACUCCUGCAGUACUUGUACACGGCCAACAAUAUGCUGUGGAAGGUCAUUCAGCACACAUAGUAGAGCUGGACAGCAGAGAUGUGGUUAUGAUUAUAAUUUUUGGAUAUUCUGCCAUAUAUGGUUACACAAGCAUUGUCCAAGAAUACUACAUCCGGUCUAAUUCUUGGCUCGUACCAGAAACAAAAGGAGCAAUUGUGCAAGGUGGAUAUGGCCAUACUAGUGUCUAUGAUGAACUGACAAAAUCUGUUUACGUCCAUGGGGGAUACAAAGCGUUACCUGGCAAUAAAUAUGGAUUGGUGGAUGAUCUUUACAGAUAUGAAGUUAAUACUCGGACAUGGACUAUUUUGAAAGAGAGUGGUUUUGCAAGAUAUCUUCAUUCAGCUGUCUUAAUCAAUGGAGCUAUGCUCAUUUUUGGUGGAAACACUCAUAAUGAUACUUCCCUGAGUAAUGGUGCAAAGUGUUUUUCUGCUGACUUUCUUGCAUAUGAUAUAGCUUGUGAUGAAUGGAAGAUUUUACCAAAACCUAACCUACAUCGAGAUGUCAACAGAUUUGGUCACACUGCUGUUGUCAGUAAUGGGUCCAUGUAUAUAUUUGGGGGUUUUUCGAGUGUUCUUUUGAAUGACAUCCUUGUGUACAAGCCUCCAAACUGUGAAGCAUUCAGAGAUGAAGAGCUGUGUAAAAACGCUCGUCCAGGGAUAAGGUGUCUGUGGAACAAGAAACAUUGUGAAUCCUGGGAAUCUGGACAUGCUAAUAACAUCCUUAGAGCAAAAUGUCCUAAGAAAACAGCUGCUGCAGAUGACAGAUGUUACCGUUACGCGGACUGUGCAAGCUGUACUGCCAAUACAAACGGGUGCCAGUGGUGUGAUGACAAGAAGUGCAUUUCAGCAAAUAGUAACUGUAGCAUGUCGGUGAAAAACUACACCAAAUGUCAUGUGAGGAAUGAACAGAUCUGCAAUAAACUGACCAGCUGCAAGAGCUGCUCGCUACACCUGAACUGCCAGUGGGACCAGCGGCAGCAGGAGUGCCAGGCACUACCUGCUCAUCUGUGUGGGGAAGGAUGGAGUCAUAUUGGAGAUGCCUGCCUCCGCAUAAAUUCUAGUCGUGAAAGCUAUGACAAUGCCAAACUGUAUUGCUACAAUUUAAGUGGGAAUCUUGCCUCAUUAACAACCUCAAAAGAAGUGGAAUUUGUUCUGGAUGAAAUACAGAAGUAUACACUUCAGAAAAUUUCACCUUGGGUAGGUUUACGCAAGAUCAACAUCUCCUACUGGGGAUGGGAUGACAUGUCUCCUUUUACAAAUACAACUCUGCAGUGGCUUCCUGGAGAGCCAAAUGACUCUGGCUUCUGUGCAUAUCUAGAAAGAGCAGAGGUGGCAGGUCUGAAAGCGAAUCCAUGCACUGCAAUGGCAGAUGGUCUUGUGUGUGAAAAACCUGUCGUCAGUCCCAACCAGAAUGCCAGACCCUGCAAAAAGCCAUGCUCCCUGAGAACAACGUGUUCUAACUGCACGAGUAAUGGUAUGGAAUGUAUGUGGUGUAGCAGUACAAAACGAUGUGUUGACUCAAACGCCUAUAUAAUCUCCUUCCCAUAUGGACAGUGUCUAGAAUGGCAAACUGCCACAUGCUCCCCUCAAAACUGCUCUGGACUGAGGACCUGUGGACAGUGUUUGGAACAGCCCGGGUGCGGAUGGUGUAACGAUCCCAGUAACACUGGAAAAGGGCAAUGUUUGGAAGGAUCAUCAAGAGGCCCAAUGAAGCCUGUUGGCAUGCACUCUAAUGAAAUGGUGCUUGACGCUAGUCUUUGUCCAAAAGAGAAAAAUUAUGAGUGGUCUUUUAUCCAGUGUCCAGCUUGCCAGUGUAAUGGCCACAGCACCUGCAUCAACAGUAACGUCUGUGAUCAAUGUAAAAACUUAACAACAGGAAAACAAUGUGAAACGUGCAUGCCAGGAUAUUAUGGGGAUCCCACAAAUGGAGGACAGUGUACAGCUUGCACGUGCAGUGGACAUGCAAAUAUUUGUCACAUGCAAACAGGAAAAUGUUUCUGCACAACAAAGGGAAUCAAAGGAGACCAGUGUCAACUCUGUGACUCUGAAAAUAGGUAUCUUGGAAAUCCGCUUAGGGGAACAUGCUACUACAGCCUUUUGAUUGAUUACCAGUUUACCUUCAGCUUAUUACAAGAGGAUGAUCGCCAUCACACUGCCAUAAACUUUAUAGCAAAUCCGGAACAGUCAAAUAAAAAUUUGGAUAUAUCAAUUAAUGCAUCAAACAACUUCAACCUCAAUAUUACAUGGUCUAUUGGUUCUACAGCUGGAACAAUAUCUGGAGAAGAGAUUCCUGUUGUUUCUAAGGCUAAUAUUAAGGAAUACAGAGAUAGCUUUUCCUGUGAAAAAUUUAACUUUCGGAGCAACCCAAACAUCACUUUCUAUGUCUAUGUCAGCAAUUUCUCCUGGCCAAUCAAAAUACAGAUUGCCUUCUCACAGCACAAUACGAUCAUGGAUCUGGUGCAGUUCUUUGUCACCUUCUUCAGUUGUUUCUUAUCCUUACUGCUGGUAGCUGCUGUCGUUUGGAAAAUCAAACAAACCUGUUGGGCUUCUCGACGGAGAGAGCAACUUAUGCGGGAGCGACAGCAGAUGGCCAGCCGCCCCUUUGCUUCUGUCGAUGUAGCACUGGAAGUAGGAGCUGAGCAAACAGACUUUCUACGAGGGCCAUUAGAGGGUGCUCCUAAACCGAUUGCCAUUGAGCCAUGUUCAGGAAACAGAGCCGCAGUCCUCACGGUAUUUUUAUGUCUGCCCAGAGGAUCAUCAGGAGUCCCACCCCCUGGUCAGUCAGGUCUUGCAAUUGCAAGUGCACUGAUAGACAUUUCACAACAGAAGCCUGCGGACUGUAAAGAUAAGAGUUCAGGAGUCAGGAAUCGAAAACAUCAUCUCUCAACACGUCAAGGAACUUGUGUCUGAGAUUCAAAAACUACAAUUGUAUAUUCUGUAAUGUUUUCUUUUUAAAUGGCUUCCAUUGAAAGCUAUACUACAGCCUCAGUUUUUAUGGAGGCAAAUCUAUGAAUGAACAUAUGAGGUACUGUGCUCUGUUAUAGUCACACAGCCUACUAUACCCCAAAGCAGAACAAACUUACGGUAGGUAUGAGUAUGUUUGAUGAGCUUUAAUAAAAAGAGUGGAUCCUGA